AUGUCUGGCGGAGGCAGCGUCGCUAGGUGGCUCUACACCUCGAAUGCCGGACCCGAUUUCAGUGAAGAAUCAGGCCCGAAGUUCUGGACGGAUAGACCAGGUCACUCGUUUGCUGGCCCUUCUACUCCGCGUGCCACUUGCUCCUCGCAUUCGCCAACUCUCGUGUCCAUCGAUAGAUAUGAAGAGCACCGAUACGAUGAAAUCGCGCUCCAUUACCUUGACGGGUCGAAGAAUGUGAUCUCUGCGUCUGGGUACAACCCCCGCUGCACACCUGGGGUGCCUGACCGCCACCCCAUCCCUUCUCUUAGGGCAAAGAAUACUCGCCCCUACAAAACCACGUGGACUAGGAUCUAUUAUGUUGCUUCAUCUUUCGGCGAAGGUCGAUGUACCGGGAGUAUCGUAAGCGAAAAAGUCAACGCUAUCUCCAUUGAGGCGCUCUCAAACGACGCUUCGAACAUCGAGGCCGGUGCCACCUCUGUUUACGAAGUCGACAAAACGGACCAUUCCGAACGCCCCACCGAGCAACUAGGCAACGCUAUUACGAGUGAGGACGUGGGCUAUGUCCCUAUCAGGCGGCGAGCUACAUUUGGGGAGCUCUGUCAGCUCCUUGUAUUGUUCAUGGUGUUGGGGGCGUUACAUUAUGUUUCUAUGCAGUUUGCGGCUCGAUGGCAAACUCCGCCGCCGACGGAGAGGAGAUCGCCUCAAUGCGAGUGA